AUGAAUAUUUCUACUAAUUCAGUUAUGGAACGCUACUUUAAGAGAAGGUUCGCAUCAACUACUUCUAGUUCGGAUAAUGUGGGUAGUUUGAGUUCGAGAGAUGUGGGUAUUUCAAGAGAUGUGGAUAGUUCAAAAGAAAAAUUGGAUUUAGGGUGUAGUGACGCCUUCACAUUUAUGGGUUUUAGGAAUUGGAAGAAGAAAGAUAAAAUUAGGCAACAUGUUGGAGCUGUUGGAACUUCUCUUGAUUGCGUGAGAUUUUUGUUGAGGCAAGGUCUUCCUUUUCGUGGGCAUGAUGAGAGUGACACUUCAAGCAACAAGGGGAAUUAUUUGGAGCUCUUACAAUUUCUUGCUCAUCAUGAUGAGAAAGUGAAAGCAGUUGUGUUAGAAAAUGCUCAUGGGAAUCUCAAGUUAAUAGCUCCAACAAUUCAAAAAGAUCUUGUGAAUGCUUGUGCCACUGAAACUAUUAAGAAAAUCAUUAAAGAUAUGGAUGGUGCAUUCUUCUCCUUAUUAGUUGAUGAAUCACGUGAUGUGUCAGUAAAAGAACAAAUGGCGGUGGUGUUUCGUUAUGUGGACAAAAAUGGGGAUGUAAUUGAGAGGUUUGUGGGCAUUCGACAUGUUAGCGACACUACAUCAAACUCACUCAAGGAAGCUAUUGACACAUUAUUUUCAAGAGAGGAAUUGAGCAUUUCCAUGCUAAGAGGACAAUGA